GCUCGACUCCACUUUGUAGGAGAGCGAGUACAGAGAGCAUCUUGGAUAGGGGAAAGCCCACUUCUAGGGUAUAUGGUUUCCCAUGAAUUAAGCGCAUAUAGUAUAAUGUCCGAGAAUGUCCAUUUCUGGACCUUUAAGCAACUACUAUGUCGAUUCCAUCAUAAGUCACGAAGGGGAUGAUCCGAGCACUGCCCGAUACUCCAAUGUACAGUAUUCCAACACGAGGCAACCGGGAACCGGGGAACAUCAUGAAUUCCCUUCGUGCAGCUUUCAGCCUAAGCCUCCUGUGUUUAGUUCGUCAUGGAGUCCUUUCAGUCCCCACACGCCCAACAGCUUACCGGCGGUCUACCAUCCCUAUAUCCCAGCGCAGCCCGUGCCUUCGACGGACACACGGUACCUUCGCACAUGGCUCGACUGUGCACCUAGAACCGAACCACUGGACAGCCAGAGUCAAGUCAAGAUGGAGCCACCCCUGGGACAUCUCGAGGAUCCUCCAAAGAUUGGAAUACAGCACGAGUAUGUUUUGGAAUCCUCUUCAGCUCGGGAGAUAAAUCCCAGCCACGGCUCUGGAUUUGAAGACAGCAAGGAUAUUUGUGACGGUGGUGAAGACAAAGAGGGACCGGAUCAAAACGAUCCAUCAGCCAACUGGUUACACGCUCGCUCGUCUCGAAAAAAGCGUUGUCCAUACACUAAGUAUCAAACCCUAGAGCUCGAGAAAGAAUUCCUCUUCAACAUGUAUCUUACCCGGGACCGGCGACACGAGGUAGCGCGCUUGCUGAACUUGACGGAGCGCCAAGUUAAAAUUUGGUUUCAAAACCGGAGGAUGAAGAUGAAGAAAAUGAAUAAGGACCAGUCUAAGGAAUAAAUGGGCAAGUGUGGAUGUCCAGCUGUUACUCCUUUUCAUCACAAUUAUGCUGCAGAUGCUUGCAGCUGAUGCUCCACAUUUUUUUAUAUUCUGGGAUGCAGACCAGCACUAAAACUUAAGUAUUAUUUUAAAAAGCUAUUGGACGAAGGGCAAGAACACUAGUAAUCAACUAUUAAAUACAUAAAAAUAAAAGAAUGAAAGUAGGCUAAGGUAUAUACCUACACAUUGCCCUCUGUUUUUAAUGAAUGAAUUUCUUUUCCACUUUGAUUUGUAAACAGAAAUGAAGGACGGGUAGUCAUGUUUUAAUUAAAAGAAUGGUUACUUUUUAUAUUUUUUAGACAUUGUAAUUUUUUCAGUGGCAGUAAGUGCAGUAAAACAAAUUAUUAUUAUUAUUAUUAUUAUUAUUA